AUGGUCUUAACAAAGCACUCCCUCCGUCGCGCGGCCACCCGCGCCAGCUUGGCAAGCGCCAUCUCUACCGCUACCACUGCCGCGCCCAAGACGCAACCCAUCACCUUCGCCCUGCGCUCCGCCAACGUCGGGCGAUGCUUCUCAGCCGCCGCGACGAGGGCCUUCUCUCGCUCUGUCGUUCUGCGCGAUGAGCAGCAGCAGACCCAGCGGCCACAGCAGCCCCAAGAGGGAGAGGCUCCCGCUGCCUCGGAGCAGCAAUCGGUCGAGGUGCCCCCGCCGAGCCAGUUCUGUAUCUUCGUCCAGAACUACCCCUUCAACGUCCCUCGCGAUGACCUUGCCGAGGCAUUCUCCAAGUUUGGUGAGGUUGUCCAUAUUGACAUGCCCCCGAGAAAGACUUUCUGCUUCGUCUACUACAAGCACGCCGACUCAGUCUCUCAGGCCAUAGAGAACGUCGACGGGACCUUCUGGCACGGACGCCGCAUCGCCGUGAAGGAGAGCACGCCCAAGUCCCGGAUAUAUACGCCGAACCAGCGCCGUGACAGCCGCAACCGCACCGGCUCCACCGCGCGCGCCAACUCUAAGGCGUACGACGGCCCGCCGACGAACACAAUCUUCGUCGGCAACCUCUCCUUCGACGCCACAGAUGUCGACCUCAACCAGCUCUUUAGCAUCCUGAAGGACGUCAAGGACGUCCGUGUGGCCGUUGACAAGUCUACCGGCUGGCCUCGCGGCUUCGCACAUGCCGAGUUCCAUUCCCCGGAGGCGGCGCAGGCCGGCAUUGAUGCCCUGCAGGGCCAGAGCCUUCGCGGCCGCCAAGUCAAGGUCCAGUUCGCACCCGAGAUGAGGAACAGGCGUCCUCGCGGGCAGGAUACCCAGCAGGAGGUCGAGGCUGCUGCUGUGCAGGAACAGGAGCAGAAGAAGAACCAGACCAUGGACUGGAACGCGUAA